AUGGGAUAUAAAAUGUAUUUCCCCUCCUCUUCCUGUUCCUCGUCGUCGUCCUCUGUGUAUCCCUCGUCCCAUGGAUCUUCCACCACCAGUUCCUCCUCAAAUCGUGGAUACCGUCGGCCGAGCUUAAUCUCCAGACCGUCGUUAACUCACCCCACACCCGUUUCGUUGUCUUCCUUGCGCGAUUUGACAGCGACUUCCUCGACUUAUAAUCCUCCGCCUUCCUCCUCCCCCUCCUCUUCUCCUUCCGUCUGUUCUUCUCCUACACGUUCAACUUCGCCGAUUACGGCAACUGCGGAUAAUUUAGACACUCUCAAUCUCUCUAGCUCAUCUUCCCGACCGAUCCCCAUCCCAAAACCGGUUUCUACUGCGGACCUCCCCGUCACCCCACUAACCGGCCGUUUCGAAAAAGGUUAUUAUUUCGCACCGCAGCAAACCGAUCAAUCUCCUCCAAACGAGAGAAAACCAUCUUCACAUAAAAACCUCGACUUUCACGGUUGUCAUCGUCCGUCUCACCGUCGUCGUCAUCAGCAUCAGCAUCAUCACCACCACCACCACUCCCACAAUCUUCACCAUAACCACCCCCGGUCUACACCAAGCAUGCGCUCCGACAACUCCAACUUCUACUCCCCUGUCAUGUCAUCGGCCAUGCCACCUUCCGGACGUCCUGCCUCUCCGCAAUCGUCUCGAGCUCGCGCUCAAAACACCACAAAGUCCGUCCCUUCCUUUCAUCUGAGCAAUCUUCCACGCUUCCACCCUGCCGCCUACCCAUCCACCAACUCGCAGACUACGAUCGGACAACAGCAACAACAGUCUCAGCCUUCAAUGCAAUCGCGUCACCACACAUAUCGCCAGUCGUCAGGCUCCUCUUCUCGGGAUGGCGUAUGGCAGCUGAUGGAGAGUGUGACCUCGCGAGUACCUUCGGGACAGUACUCUCCAAGCCCAUCCGCUCCACGAUUGGAUCCCCUCAUGAGUCCUGGUCCGGUCACCCCCUUGGCCUUGGAGGACGGUAACAACUACCUCACCUCCGGCGCGUCCGGCGCAGACCCAUUUUCGAGAGACCCUUCGAAUUCGGGAUCCGCGUCGGAUAAGGUGAUCGCCCGCGAAGGGGACCGAGCCUGGCAGAAGAACAGCAUACUCAAUGCUAAGGGUCGGUGA